AUGUCGGCUCUCCCCGCCUAUGAGUACACAUCCCUUGGAAGCCUUCCAGAGAGCGGUCGAGUGAACGUGUAUGGUGUUGUUCGUAAUGUGACUGCUCUUGACAACGGUGGAUUCGUCGUUAAGGUUGAGGUUGGCUUUUAUCGAAAUGAACGAGCUCUUGUUGUGGAAGUGGGUAGUUUUGGAUGUCAUGCUGUGUCGUGGAGAGGAGAUUUCGACGCUCCUCUGCAGUUAACCUCGAGCACGUGUACUGUGUCCAAGCAGGACAGCGUCAGAGUCUUAGGUGUAUAUCGAGCCAAAGGUGAUGCGUUUACAGUGUUUCUAAGAGUCUGGGAUGGAACGAAACCGAGGUUCGCUGCCUACCGGAAUAUGUUUCAUGCUGGCAGUGAUAGUAUCGAGACAGCUUACUGCGAAAUUCAACAGUUUUUGUUGCAUGUAAUCGAAGACUAUGUUAUUGACGUGUGCUGUUAUGGUGAUUGGGCUCGAAAGGCCAUGGGACUUAAGGCAAAUUCUGUCGGGGACAUUGUAUUUCUGGGAAACAUACGUAAUUACGUAUGUCAUUCGAAUAAAUUAUCAGCAGUGACACUACACGACGGUGGUGCGCGCUUCAAUCGAGCUUUGAAUGUUGUCAAUGAAAGUGACGAACUAACGCCUUUGUUUUCGGAGGAACCCCAAGCUCGAUCUACACCAAAAGCUAGUCCCAAUCCAGUUAACGUAGUAAAGGGAAAGGAAAUUGCUCUUGUUGACGUGAGUUUGCAGUUAUUGCAGGGUUUUUAUAUGAAUGCUUCCUUAGGGCAGUCGUUGUUCAUGGUAGUAGUCUGCUUCGAACAUGAUGACGUUCGCCAGUCCUUUCUUGAAUUCCUAAAGGCGUUUCCAUCUGUGAAUGCAGGCUGUAACGCUGCUGCUAACAUUUCAUUUUCGCGUAAUACUUCUGUAAUAAAUUCCGAAUUACGUGGGAAAUCUGCUACCCCAGUUGCUACUGAAUCUUCUCCGAGGAAAAGGCGCCGGAGGUCUAUCGUUGAAGGAGAACGAGUUACUGCAGAGGAGGUAGCGGUUACUGGAGAAUUUUCUGAAUGGCUGGACGCCCGCCAAGGUCCUUCAAGAGCAGAGGCAAACACUACUCAACCACAAAUGCUUCCGAGAAAUAGUAGCAGUUCCAGUGAUUUGGCCGGGAUUAGUUCGCCUUGCAUCGCUCAGACUGAAGAUCAAAUUCGUAAUCAAGUUCUAAAUAGCGAGGAAGAUAGUAUUGUUGAUGGUGAAACUGUCAUUGUUGAUCAACAUCUUGAAGAAAUUUGCGGUAACAGUGUGUUUUCCCUCGAAAUACUGAGAUUCUUGGACGAUCUAGUACGACGCAAUCUUCCCAAGUCGGAUGAAGUGUUAAGGAUUGCUGCGUUCCAUAAUAAGAUAAAGCAAAAACUUCUGGAAACUCUUUUUGAGAAAAAGUUGGCUGAACUAGAUGGAACGGAAACAGGUGGGAUCGAACUAGUAGAAGAGAUGGAGGAAAUUCUCAAGAUGAACGUUGGAGACCACGUUGAUUUUGUGAAGUGA